AUGUCCACUCAAUGCCCUGCUUGUUCCUGUGACGAUUUCACGGUAACUGGUCUCAGUCAACAUCUUGCCAAGAGCCGCAACCCACAUUGUCAAGCACUGUACCAUCAGUCGCGCUCCCAAGUACAUACCAGGGACCAACAAGAUGAGCCUGACGAGCCGACUGCAGAAGACGAGCCUGGGUAUGAGGUUGACAAGCCUAGGGAUGAGGGUGAUGAGGCUGGGGAUGAGGAUGAUGAUGAGGGGUGGAAUCUCGAACCUGAAUGGGAGCCUCCCAUUGAAGAUCAAGUCGAGGACGUGACCAUGAAUGCCAUUGAGGAUUUGGCCGAUGAAGAUGAAGCUGGCUGGGAAGAUCAACGCCGUGCUCACCAGGAUAUUCAAGCACGUGCGCAAGGGCAGCGUGGUUGUGUGGUGGUGCCCUACCCAGAUGUGCAUGCUGGCCAGCAAAUAACGCGCGGUUGUGCUGCAAAUGCAGAAUACAAGGUGCAUCUGGCCAAUGAGGAGGAGAAUUUGUAUCACCCUUUUGCAUCCAAGAUUGUUACAAUAACAUUUACUCCUAUUUUCAUUUUUCUUUACUCGUAA